GCCCUUCAACAGCAGUUGCUCACUCGGAUGCAGCAGGUCAGUAACAGUUUCUCCAGCCAGAGCCGGGUCGCCCCCCAGUGUACCAGCGUGGCCCUCGCUGAACGAAAUCAGGUGUCCACGCUGCCGGUGCGACUGCUCAGGGAUGAUCAGGUUGCUGUGCAGGGAAGUGACCAUGCUAAAAGUUUCCAAAUGAAGAUGGAUGCUCAUGGCUUCACCCCUGAGGAGCUGGUGGUGCAGGUGGACGGCCGAAGCCUGAUGGUGACUGGCCAGCGGCAGAUAGAGAGUAGCGAUCCAGUUGGGGGCGGUUACCGCAUGGAGCAGAAGGUGCACCGGCAAAUGCAACUACCUCCGGGCCUAGAUCCUACCGCCAUGACCUGCUGCCUGACCCCUUCUGGCCAACUGUGGGUCCGAGGCCAAACCCGAGUGCGGCACCCUCCUGAAGCCCAAACAGGAUCAUCAAGUCGCAGAAGCCGUGGCUCUAAGAAGGGUUCCAACCUAGCCUGA